AUACGUCAGUUGGUGAAAUUGAGGAGACAUUCAACACAUUUACCAGUCGUGGUGAUAUCGCCAUCAUAUUGAUCAACCAAGUAGUAAGUAUUAGCCAUUCCGAAGUUGAUGAGUGGACUGGGGACGAGUGUUAAUUAAAAAGUCCCCAAAUUAAGGAAUUGACCAAAUCACUGGAAACUGCAGCACCUCGAAAUUGGUAGGUACACAAAGCUUUGACGACGUUUGGAUGUAUAGCGUCUGAAUAAAGAGCUUUCAAAAAUUGUGAAACUACUGAUUAAAAGACUGUUUUUGGGACGCGCGUCCCCGAAAACAAAAAUUACAGCACAUUUCGUAGUAAAUAUAGCCUGUGUACAGCCGUUACUGUCGACGAAGCGCGCGAGAGAACGUCUGUGAGUUGGAUGAAGAUUCCUUGUUCUGGUCACGUGGAUUUUCCCCAGAUUUGUGGAAAGGCCUCUGAUUGGACAGUGCUUUAUUUGAAUAAUAUAUGACAAAUGAAGAUGAAUGAAUGAAUGAAUGAACAACUUUAUUUAAAGAGGGUAAAAACACAUGACAGCAAUAUAACUGAAAAACCUGUGGCCCUCAUAUACAAUACGUACAAAGUUAUUAAUUCUACUUUAAAACGUCUAAAAGCUAUUUAGAGUAAAUAUGUAAAAGAUCUUAGGAUUAUAAAUUUAUAUAUACAAAUUAUAUACAGUACAACUUGCUGAUUACAAUAAUAAUUCAAAGCGAUCAAUGCCCUUAUAAGAUUCUAAGAAGUAUUUUUUAAGGGCAAACUUAAAGGAAUUAACGCUAGGUUUCGUCUUAAUAUCCUUCGGGGGAUUGUUUAUAUUUCAUUGGUUAAUUGAUAAUUAGCACGCGUUUAAAAUAACAAUACAAUAAUUUUAUAUUCAGAGGUUUCCUCAAGAAUCGAGAUUUCUUUCGGGGCGUACAAAGGUUUGAAAGACUUGAAAUAUAAUCUGAAAAACGAUACACCAGAAAUAUAUUGCAUAUAUUUCUCGAUGAAGAGAUUUGUUUUGAAUGUGAACAAUUCUGAACGAUGAUCAUAGCCGGCAAGUCUGGUGUACAAGCUCCGUUCUUGCCGUACAUAUGGUGUAUAGUUGUUUACAAACACAAAGUAUUAAAUAUAAACACAACUUGUUAUUCAAAAGGUGCAUUUUAAAUUAAUUAAAAGUUAACUGGCCAAGUAAGACGAAGUUAAACAUAUUAAAGAGAAUGCUUUGUCUCGGGGAGGGGGAGAUAUAAACAUAUUGUCAAUUAUAAAUUGUCAAUUUCGGUCCGAUAGUUUGUUGUAUUUUAUAUAUUUGUCAGCAUUGUUCGCUGAGUGUCCAAACACUAGAAUUUUAUCUUCAUUUUCUUAACUUCGAUACAGCACAAAAUUAAACGCAACUGAUUUAAUAUAUUUCAAGUCUUUCAAACCUUUGUAUGCCCCGAAGGAAAUCUUGAUUCUUGAGGAAAUCUCUGAAUUUAAAAUUAUUGUGUUGUUAUUUUAAACGCAUGCUAAUUAUCAAUUAACCAAUGAAAUAUCUUAUCUUCAUUUGUCAUAUAUUUUUCAAAUAAAGCACUGUCCAAUCAGAGGCCUUUCCACAAAUCUGGGGAAAAUCCGCGUGACCAGAACAAGGAAUCUUCAUCCAACUCACAGACGUUCUCUCGCCCACUUCGUCGCGUCGAGAGUAUAACGGCUGUACACAGGCUAAGUAAAUAUCGCGAUUUUCGAAAACUUAUUAUUCGAAGGGUAUUCAUGUAAACGUCUUCAAACUUUGUAUACUUACUAAUUUUGAGGUUGUCGUUUUAGUGAUCAGGUUCUUUUCUUAAUUUGGGCACUUUUUAACACUCGUCCCAGUCCUCUCAUCAACUUCGGAAUGGCUACGUUAUAUUAAAGCACAGUGUCAAUGGUAAAGUAUUCGCAUAGAAAUUGAGAACAUGGCUCAAGUUUUGUUCCGCUGAAAGGGAAAUUGCAGGAAACGUCUUUAACUAUAAAAAUUAAUACAGUACAUUCGUAUACACUUUCUCCGGAAAAGUCAGGUGUUAACAGUUGCAUUAGCGGCACAACGAUGUUUUCCUAGAAAAUCUGCACCCAAAUUGCCAUAUGCGUUUAGGCAAAAUUAUUCAAUCAAAAUAUGUCAACACAAAUACUUCGUUUCUUCGUAAUACUUCUCUGUGAAAAUUGUUACGGGUGUUAAAGAGUCCACAUUCAAGAGUAUGCAUGCGUUUUAGAAUCUGCUGCAAGUUUUCUUGCACUUCCAGUCUUGCACGAUCCCAGGGCCUAUGAAGGACGCGCUCAGCCUGCGUGUUUUGAAGUUUGAACCUAUACUACCUGAAAACAUUAAGACCACCUCGACAUUUAGAGCGACGUUCCUAAACUACAGUACCUCCUGAUGAAGAAGGGUUUUCGCUCGUAUAACGGUUUGAGAAGUAAACCCUCAAACCGUUAUUCCUAAAGGGUGGCUCCCCGGCGUGAAUCAUGGCGGCUUUGCCCGUUUAGGUCGAAGCUUAUACAAUCCGUAAAGUGUUUGUAAAACAAAAUGUUGCCAAAAUUUCUUAUUGCAUCACUUAAAAAUAUCUUCAAAAUAUAUCAGAAUAGCAAGCAAUUACCAUAUAAUACACUUUCAAGUGGUGGAAUAAAAAAUGGAGGCAAGAUUUCGUUUCACAAAUCAGAAUACAUAGCACAAUUUAAAAUAACAUGGAUUGAUUUUUAGAUAGCAGAAGAAAUCCGCCAUGUUUUAGACGCUUAUACAGAUGCAGUUCCAGCUGUUUUAGAAAUUCCUUCAAAACAUCAUCCUUAUGAUCCAUCAAAAGAUUCCAUAUUGCGGAGAGCUAAGGUACGCAGUAAAAAUAAUGAUUGGCAGCUUUAACGUUAUGUCAUUGCGAUUUCCCGUUCUGGUUUAUUGCUAUUUGAGCUGUUUGGUGCAAUUGAAUGCUAUAUACUAUGCUCAUUUUCCACUACGCGAAUUCGUUUGCGCGAAGCAAAGACCAUGCAGGUUGCAGCAAUAUGAUUGGUUAGCGGAAAAGUUGGCACUUGCCUAAUGCGUAGUCGUCAGGGAGACAAAAGGGUUUGACCCUUGUCCCUUGCCAACUGGAAAUUUAUAAAUCACCCGCUCGACCGGGAAUUUAGAGAUUAAAUUCCCGCUCGGAACAAUAGAAUCCCGUCCAGUCAUGGUAUUACUCUGGUUAAGUAAAUGAAUGCAAAACCCUGAUAUAAAAAACAUCCACCACAGGCACAAUAUUGCAUAUUUUGGCUAAUUUACGUUUAUUUUUCUGUAGGGCCUUUUCAGUGCAGAAGAUUUCAAGUAA